CUAGCGGUAAGCAGCGGCAGCAAGUCUGCUGUGCUGCCGUCUGUUGUAAUAGCCGGAAAUUGUUGUUACGUAUCUAAAUGGCUUUUGCAAACAACUGAUUGUUUUCCGUCUAUUUGGUUCAUAGAAUUAUUUUUCGGAAGCAUCUUUGUUUGUGCAGCUAUUAGUAUAGUACGUGGAAUACGUAGCACGUGAUCGUGAUUCAGGUGUGCCAACUCAAUCACAUUAAAUUUAUUUGUUGUGUUUGUUCAAACGAAUUACGGCUGUGAACUGCUUUAUAAAAGAUUGAAGCUUGUUUCACAGUACAGAAAGAAGGGAGAUAUUUAUUGUCGUGUGUCGUUUAGAAGAUAGAAUAAAGAAAACUCGAGAUUGGAAGUCAGCAAUAACUGGGAUAUUUUAUGGCUACUAUAGAAGUUUUGAAAUCCCUGUCUUCCACAACACGUGCGGCUUCCUGUGUUUGGGGCGAGAGAACGUGUCGGGGCAGAGGUCGGCCUCCCAAGAUCGGGGAUAUCCCAAGACAUGCCGCUGUAGAGGAAGACCUGAUUUCCGGCCCUGGUGCAUCAAGUCAGCAUGUGUCAGCAGUCUCUGUGGCCACCAACAGAAACAGAAGCGAAGAAGAAGAGAACAGUCAUCACAGGGACGACGCCACAAUCACCACGGCCCUUAGCAAACCGUCCAGUAGCAACCACAAUCCACCUCUGCACGUCGCCAUGACCAAUACGUCACGCCCCCCUCCAACCAAUAAUAACACUUGUCCCUCGUCAUCACCUUUGUCCAUAGACAGACGGGUAUCACACGAGAUACUGUUGGGGAACAGCCCACCGCAUUGCUCCUCGCCGCUGAAACAAGAUAGAGAUGGUAAUGUCGUCUCGUCUUCCCAGAUGGAGCGUCCCAAACCACAUCAUGCCACUGGGCCAGUGCCUUCUUCCAUCAGAUCGUCAAAGCCUUCUGCAGUUGUUGCCAGUAGUGCCUCCACGCCCCACACACAGCCUCCUAAACACAAAACUAGUGCCUCAAGUCCUGCAAAUCCCACCAUGCCUUUUCCAUCUCCUCCUAAGCCUAUCGGGUCAACUACAUCUGGCAGUCAAUCACAGAGUAGUUCGGCAUCUUCCAGAAAAUCAACGCACCCUCUUCCCAGCAGACAGAAUUCAUCAACACCUUCCAGAAGACAGGAGCAAAUUGUGUCAGCUACUUCCAAUAAGCACCCACGAAGUGGGUCAGCACCGCCCAGUAAAGAAAUUCAAAGAGGACCAGCUGUUUCAAAUAAAUCAUCGCAAAGUCGGCCAACAUCUUCCAGUAAGCAAGUGCAAAGUGGUCCCGCUCCAUUCAGCAGAUCAUCUCAAAGUGGGACAACGCCUUCCAGUAAACACGUAUAUUGUGGGUCAGCUGCUUCAGUUAAAGUGACUCAGACAGCUUCCAAUAAACAGUCACAAAAUAUAGCAACACCUUCCAGAAAAUUAGUGCAUAGUAUCUCAACACCUAAUGCGCAUGUGCAAAAUGGGACGAUAUCUUCAAGAAAGCAAAUAAGAAGUAGUUCACUGACUUCAACUAAACAAAUGAAGACCAGCCCAAGAACUUCCUGUACAGAAGUGCGUCGUGAGUCAGAACUAGCCAACAAAGAGACUCCAACACUUCCCAGUACACGCAUGUAUGAUACUUCAGCAUCAUGUAGUGAAGAAAAGGAAAUCAGUUCAACUCCUGUACAACAAACUUCAAGUAACACUCUAACUGAUUCAGCAUCUUCCAAUGUACAAAGGCAUGAAAAUUUACCGUCUUCUUGUACAGACAUGCCAGAUGUUUUGACAUCUUCGAGAAAUGAGGAUUUGGGAGGCGAAUCUCUACCAGUUAAUUCAGAAGUGCAAAUUAGCCCAGAAAGUAACAUACAAGCGCAAACUGGUUCACUGUCAGCGCAAAGUGGAUAUCCUUCUGGACUAUCAAGCUCACAGCAGACAUCAAACUCCAGUGCCAAAUCGCACAAAUAUUCAGCCCCACUUGCCAGCCGAACCUUAUCAAACAGUGCUUCCGCAAUAAAUUCUGGGAAAACGAGUACAACAGAAAUUUCACAGAUAAUGUCAGAAUCAGUGAUACCUCCUGUCAUCAUCCAGGGUGAGACCUCCAGACUCUCAGAAGACACUCCUUAUAAAGCUCCAGUGAACCAUAUACAGCAAAAGCUCUUCAUGCAGUCUAGAAGUUUAGGAAUUGACCCUUGCAGACCAAUCUAUCCAAACUAUCCGUUCUCCCCCUACGGAUCUCCGAGUUCCUCACCUAGAGCCUUGAGAAAGAGGUCACCGUUGAAAGAGAGCCGACGCGUCAGCAUAGACAAGUCAGGAGAAUACAUCCAACUGAACCAGUACAGGCUUAUGGACUCCAUAGGACAGGGUUCCUACGGCAUCGUGAAACUCGCCUACAAUGAGCAGGAUGAUACUCAUUAUGCCAUGAAAAUCCUGUCCAAGAAGAAACUGCUGAAGAAGGCUGGAAUCUUCGGCCGGGCGGCUCCUAAUAGGAACAAGUCGCCGGUGAAUCCCCUGGACCGAGUCUACCGAGAGAUCGCGAUUCUGAAGAAGUUGCACCACCCGAAUAUUGUGAAGCUGUUCGAGGUACUGGACGACCCCGUGGAGGACCAUCUCUAUCUGGCAUUUGAGCUUCUUGAACGUGGGGAGGUGUUGCAGGUGCCAACAGACACACCACUCACUGAGGAGCAGGCCUGGAAAUACUUUCGUGAUGUUGUCAUGGGCAUUGAGUAUCUGCACUAUCAGCGUAUCAUCCACCGAGACAUCAAGCCAUCCAACCUGCUUCUGAGUGAGGAUGGGCGCGUCCAGAUUGCAGACUUUGGUGUCUGCAAUGAGUUUCUUGGCAAUGACGCAGCCCUGAGCAGCACGGCUGGUACACCCGCCUUCAUGGCCCCUGAAGCUCUCACCAACAGCAAGUACAGUGGCAAG